UCUGCCUGUUGUAGGUAGAAUAUGUCGCAAAGAUGUAUGUAUGUACAUAUCUUACAAACAUGUGCAACUUCCAACUUAUGAAGGUCUUUCUCACAUUCCACAAAUAGUAAAUAAACAUUAGUUUGGAAAGCCAUGUCUUCGGAAGUAGAUGCGCAGCAUCAAGCUACAUAUUGCGUGCUGUUUGAGAGCCCAGACAAAUCUACCGUUCUAAUAGAUAUUCCUCGCUCUAUCGAAGAAGCGCAGCAAUUACCGGGGGAGUCGAUCAAAAGACAUAUCAUUUCGUCUAAUCCUAUCGAGACGCCAUGGAGUACCCCUGAGCCGAAAAAGAAAGUCUUGGGCCAAUCAGUAUCGCCGUCCGCAGCCAUAGCUGAAUUAAUGAUUCUAGAAAGCGUUAAGGCCGCGACGCAAGAUGUCAAACACAAUUACAGAGGACCGUGGUGUCUACCACGUGUGUUGAGAGAUGCAAGCAAUGCUAGUCACGACGGGUUAAACACCGAAGAGUCGCACAAGAGGAAGCAAGCUUGUGACAGUAAGGAGGCUGACAUGGCCCCGGAGCCAUAUAUUCCUCAUCAGUCAAAUUAUCUUCUUGGGACUAUAGAAUCUCAGCGGGAGACUUUCCUCGCAAACGCUCCCAUGUUCGAUCUUAUAGUUCUCGACCCACCAUGGCCUAGUCGGUCUGUGAAGCGAAAACGGAACAGCUACAAGAUAGCAAAUGAUAUGAGAGAAACCAAAGACCUCUUAACUAAGAUACCAGUUGCAUCACACUUGAAACCUGAUGGACUUGUGGCUAUAUGGGUUACUAACAAGACGGCAGUUUCCGACGUGCUGUUAUCACCCUCGGGAAUAUUCUCGGAAUGGGGUAUAGAAUUUAUCGGUGAAUGGGUCUGGCUGAAGAUCACGAGCUCCGGCAAUCCUGUCGUCGACGUAGAAGCACAAUGGAGGAAACCAUGGGAACGCUUGUUACUCGGUAGAAAGAGAGGUAGCACGUGGCAAGCGCCAAUUCCGACGAAAGUGAUCUUGGGAGUUCCAGAUGUCCACUCCAGAAAGCCAAAUUUAAAACCUCUAUUUCAGAGCAUGAUGCCAGAGAACUAUAGCGGACUUGAAGUAUUCGCAAGGAAUCUCACUGCAGGUUGGUGGAGCUGGGGUGAUGAGGUGCUUUAUUUUCAACAAAGGCACCAUUGGGUAGAGACGAUGACCGAUGAAUAGCGAUACAAAUACACUCAACUCCCUAUUCGGCGUCUCCGCCACACGCGUAUACGCACGUGAAGUCUCCCAUAAUCAUACACCCA